AUGAAUUGCUUUUUGGAAUAACCAUUUCAAUAUAGACAAUCAAGAUGCCUAUCAUUCAGUCCUUACAAUGAUAACAAUCUCAUUAAACAACUUAAGAGAUAACUUCAUUAUCCGCCUUAAAAAGUCAUGCAAUUAGACUCUUAUGAAUACAUGGAAACCCCACAAUAAGAGGAAACAAAUGUGAUCAGCGCAGGUAAGUGUGUGCUUUGAUAAGAAUAUAGAUUCCAUAUAGCAUUACCAAAAGUUAGCUAAGGACAGAAAAAAUUCAUUAAUUAUUGACUCAAAUUCAAGAUCUUUAAAAUAAGAUGCAGCAUUAAGUGCAGAUAUAUAUUAAUAUAAAUUAAACAUACCAAAAGUUUUAGUAGCCAAACAAUUGAAUUCGAAUAUAGUUAGAAAGAAGAAAAAAAAAAUAAAUCCAGUUAAUCCUCAAGAUUGUAAUGAUGACGACAUCUAACAUUAGACAAUUGUUUUAUAAACCAAUAAUAUGAUCGGAUAAACUUAAAACAAGAAGGAAAAGAUUUCCUUUUUGCCUUAAAUAAAAAAAUAAAAAUUGUAACUUGAGGAAUAGCCUAUACAGAGAUCGGCAAGAUAUCAAUAAUUAAUGGUAUUGAAAUAGUAAUUUAGAAAAAAUCUUAUGGUGAUUAAUUCGUCGAACUUUAAUCCUUAAUCAAAAAGAUGGAGAAGCAACCAAUUUAUAAGAAAGAAAAAAAAGUUACUUUUCUUCUCUGA